CUACUGGUGUCAAAACUGAGGCAGUGAAGCAAAGAAGCAAAAAAUAUCAGAACAACGAGUGAGAGAGAGAGAGAGAGAGAGUGGAGAAGACUGAUCAGUUAAUAUCGAAAACCCAUUCUCUCUCGCUCGCUUGAAUACCCUCCCUUGAAAACAAAUUUUUUUGGGGAUCUGCUAAUCAAGGUUUAUCUGCUUCGAGUACGAGCUGAAAAAUGCAUAAGUUGAGUAGAGGUCACCGUGACAAAGUUCAGCAGUUCAUAGCAAUCACUGGGACAAGUGAAAAAGUUGCACUUCAGGCUUUGAAGGCCAGUGAUUGGCAUCUUGAAGGGGCUUUUGAUAUUUUCUACACUCAGCCACAGGUUAAAACAGUUACUGAUUCUAGACACCUUGAGGAGCUUUACAAUAGAUACAAAGAUCCAUACACUGACAUGAUUUUGGUUGAUGGCAUCACUCUUCUUUGCAAUGACCUGCAGGUGGAUCCUCAAGAUAUUGUCAUGUUGGUUUUGUCCUGGCAUAUGAAGGCUGCAACAAUGUGUGAAUUUUCCAAGCAGGAGUUUAUAGGUGGAUUGCAAUCACUGGGGGUAGAUUCACUUGAGAAGCUUCGUGAAAGGAUACAAUAUAUGCAUUCUGAACUAAAAGAUGAACAAAAGUUCCAUGAGAUAUACAACUUUGCUUUUGGCUGGGCUAAAGAGAAGGGCCAGAAGUCUCUUGCAUUGGAUACAGCAAUUGGGAUGUGGCAGUUACUAUUUGCUGAAAAGCAGUGGCCAUUGGUUGAUCACUGGUGCCAUUUCUUACAGGUUCGACACAACAAAGCAAUCCCAAGUGACACGUGGUCUCAGCUAUUGGAAUUUGUAAAGACGGUGGACCAUGCCCUAUCAAACUAUGAUGCAGAAGGUGCUUGGCCCUACCUGAUCGAUGAGUUCGUUGAAUAUCUGAUUGAGAACAGCAUAGUCCAAAGAAACGGGUGAUGCAUCGGACCUGAAGACUGGGUUUCAGAGUUCAUAGUGUUGACAAUUUUUCUUGUGCCUGCAUUCUAUCUGCAGUGAUUGAAUUUGAUCCAUCAAGUUCACCCCUCAGAACCUCCCAUGAAAUGGGUACGCUGCUUCUUAUAUGUUGGUUUAUGCAAAAAAUGGAAGGGGAAAAAAUUUAUACCAAAACACCUAGGCUUCAUUCUCUUUUCAGCAAUUGAUUCACCCACAACUGUUAAUCUGAGUCAUUAGGCUCAGAUAGUCCCUAAAUAUUUGGGGUGCAGAAAGGUGUUUGCACAAUGUCUCCCAAUUCGUGUCUAUUGGAGGAUGAUCUGGUACCUUUUCAAUCAUAUUGAUAUGUAGGGUCCAUCCGCCUUGGAUUUGCCAAGUGGAAAAUUUCAUUUGUAUUAGACUAUGUGGCAUGAUGUGGAACCUUUUAAUUA